AUGUCAUCGCGGCCGCUACAGCGGCUCGCCGUGACGCCGCCAUCUGAAGACUCUGACAACGUCAAUUCGAGUUCGCGUUACACAAGUCGUGUGUCACCGGCCUCGUCAAAUCAUCAAACCACCCCAGACGCCCCGCCACGCGCGCACCGCGCCUGCGAAAAAUGCACGAGAACCAAAAAGAAAUGCGACAAGGGCUUGCCCGCUUGUUCGAGAUGCACGAGACUCGCCACCAACUGCUGCUAUGACUUUGUCGUCAACCCACCGUUGCUGACCGUUGUCGACCAUGGAACCUUCAAGGCUGCUGGAGACGUGCGGCCUGUCUUUGAAUGGCUCAACCAGGUGGAUUUCACCGCCGCCCAGAUCAUGCAGCUCCUGUCCAGCCGUGGCAUCGACUGGAAAGCUUCGGUCAAGAUCUACUUUUGCACCGUCAACACCUGGCUGGCCAUCAUUCACCCGGAUCUCUGGCAGAGGCGCUGUGCUGCUGCCCAGCUCGAUGUGAAUCCCAAUGACGUCGAUACGGCUUUGAUCGUACUGUGCAUCCAUCUCCUUACCAUCUGGAACUGCGACGAAUUCUCUUCGACCGCCAUGUUCGAGCAUCCCCUAUAUCAAUCAGCCAAGCGGAUAUGGACCCUGAGGAAGGCGUUCUCGAGGCCCUCAAUUGAGCUCAUCCAGUGCGGUGUUCUGAUAUCCUUGUUUGAACUGGGUCAUGGCGACAUCACUCGGUGCUAUCAGACCUUUGGUGAGGCCGCUGCCAUUGGCAAGGUGAUGAACCUGAAGCCGGGGAAAUACGUAAAGGAGGAAGAGGACCUACCGGCCGACCACGAAGACGAGCAGAGGAGAGCUCUCUGGUGGGUUCUCGUUAUUAUGGAUAAGAUCUCGCAUGAACAAUCGGCAACACUAUGGACGCCCCUUCAAAUGGACAUGCCCUCUGAGGAUGACCUUCUCCCAACCGAGCAUUACCUGUGGGACAACGAGCAGAAUGGAACCAUCAAGAUGUGCAAACGAUACCCUGUGACAAUACCGGCUUCGGUACGUGUCGGCGCAUUUCAACGGUCAUGCCAAGCUGCCAUCCUCCUUGGUUAUGCCGCCGCAUGGGAGGUGGCCAGCUCUGAGCAAGAGGAGCCCCCGAGCGUAUACUCGUUCAUCCAGCUUGAGUCGGCCACACGACAACUCAUCGAGGCUCUCAUCACCCGCUCCGAGACAUGGGGCGAGAACCUGAAUACCUACGCUCUGUGUGCAAGCCUCUUUUGCCUUCUCUUCUACUCUUUCAUGUACUCGGCGAAUCGGCCGGAUGCGCCAUCCCGAGACCCCGAGACGGAUAUGGAGAUGAAGAAGGCUGUUGCCGGCAUCAACUUUACCAUUUCUCUUGUGAUUGACGGCUCCAAAGGUAUCUUCAAUGCUUAUUCCAAUAGAGAAGAUGUCCUCGAACAUUGCGCGCCGGUUUGGCCUUACGCGCAGUACCAUACGAUGCAGCUCCUUUUCCAUUACGAGGCUCUGCUGGAAGAUGCGGAAAGCCGAAUGGCGGAAGUCAGACAGAGCGUCGAGAGUACUGCAAAGCGAUGGGCAUGUUCUCGCUGGUUGCUGGAAGAGUUCGACAGAGUGCAGGCCGCACGGAGAAGCGGGGCGCAGAUGUGCAAGAAGUGCACUAUCGGAAGCAGAACUUGCGGGCAUUGUCCAAUGCCCGAAUGA